CUUCAGAAGGGCAACAAUCUGCAGAUCCCUCGAUUCUGCUUACCGAAUGGGAUCUAAUACUCAGGUUACGUUUGCCAGAACUCGUUCGAGAUACCAUUCUCGUCUCUACUGUUCAGGAAACGCGCUUGUCUGGGCAAGACUAUGCAUCCUCGAACUCCAAGGGUAAGAGACCAGGUGGCUGUUCGUUCUCAUGAUCAUUUUGUGGUGGUCGAGAAGCAGGGAAAAGGGGAUACCUUUCAUCCCCCACCCCCCUAUCCAGCAUCUAUACUUUCUGUCCCGACAUGAUUUAUUAGUGUCGGCUUUCUCGUGCUCCCGGGCAUGCACGCCAUUACCCGUGUGUGGAUCGUCGAUAUCGAACGUAUUGGCACAGAGCUGCAGAAAUAAAGGUCUAGGUAUCAUCUGCCUCCAUCCUUCUUCAAGCGGACGACUAGGGCGUCUCGACGAUCGACAUAGCUUGUCAAGCUUGAGAAGGGAAGCUUCAGAGGCCAACUUUGGCUUCGGGGUGGGACGGAUAACUCGAGGAUACUUUUCUAGCUACUUACCGGAGACACCACCAUCACUCAUAGUUCGAUCGACCGCGACUUUCGGAAAUGACCAACCGCUCACCAUGAAGCUUGUCGAACUGCGGGGGCUCGAGCGCUUUUUGAACAAAAUGAUGUGCCCUGAGUGAAAGUAUGUUUUGGUACCGGAUGGCACAGCAGACUUCCCUCUGGAUUGUCAGGCG